CACCUUUCACUUCUCUUCCCAGCGCUUUCUUCACUGCUGCAGUAUUUCUGCACGCCAUAUCCUAAUCACUCGAAUACCACCAUCGAUUACACUCAUCUGUCCGUAAUUCCUACUAGAUUCACUCUCACGCAGCGUACCGUGUCGCCCCUCCGCAAUCCGCUAAUACGACGACUUAUUCACCCCGGAUUUCCGACUCUCCACGCUCAAUGUGUCCUUGAACACCCAACAGCGGCGUUUUCCGCUCCCUUUCUUAGACCAAUUCACAACUACAUUGUUUCUACAUUUGCACGAAUUUCGCGACCCAACUUUCGGCCACCGCCCCCGCCACCAUGGCUUCCGAAGUCGAGCCAUUCGCUGCACGCGACCCCGAACCUUCCCUGUCAGCAACGGUGCCAGAGAAAUCCAAUGAGGAUGCCGAUACCUGUCGAAUAUGCAGAGGAGAUGGCACGGCGGAAGAGCCACUGUUCUACCCUUGCAAAUGCAGUGGUAGUAUCAAGUUCGUCCACCAGGAAUGCCUCAUGGAGUGGUUGUCGCACUCGCAGAAGAAAUACUGCGAGCUGUGCAAGACACCCUUCCGCUUCACGAAGCUCUACCAUCCAGGCAUGCCAAGUCAGAUCCCCACCUCGGUGUUCAUCCGCCGGGCCGCAAUACACGUUCUCAAAAUGCUGUUUACAUGGUGCCGUGGGCUACUAGUAGCAUCAGUCUGGUUGCUAAUGCUCCCAUACUGCAUGCGUGUAGUCUGGCGAAGCCUGUUCUGGCUAGGUGACGGCGGUUGGGUUCGCGAUCUCUACACCGAUGCGCAAGGCGAGCCUGUCAUUGUGCCACCUGCUGCCGACCCACGUCCCACGCAUUCGAUAAGCCUAAACAUGGACACAGUGAAAUCAGCAAUAGCAUCAGCAAAGGCCAGCAAUACAACGGUGUCCCUCCCGCUACCUGACCUUCCAGACAUCUUCAAACCAUACUCCCAAACCUUGAAUAUGAGUGCUGGCGAACCUACCGUCUGGUCUCUUGUAAAACAUUUCUUUUUCGGCAUUCCGCACUCAACCUCCGAGACCCGUGCAUUGGGGUCAAAUGCUACCACAUCCAACGUCACCCUCAGUCCGUUGGGAUCAAGAAAUCCCUCUUUGCUCUCCGAAGUGUCCUUCUUCAAUUGGUUCCCCUCACAGGCGGCGAACCGAUUUACUAUUGAUGUUCUCGAAGGACAGAUCAUUACACUGCUAGUAGUCGUAGCUUUUAUACUAAUCUUCUUAAUACGAGAAUGGGUGGUACAGCAACAGCCUGUCAUCAACAUGGUAGCUAUAAACGAAGACGCCGCGGUCGAUCGGGCCCAUGGCCAUGGGCAACAAGCGGUUGAGGAACAUGUGGACCAUGUCAUCGAAGAUGAUGUGGAUCAUCCCGAUAUUGACGACGCGGAGGAAGUGGACAAUCUCGAUGGAGAUCACACUCACCAGACAGAGCCUGACAAUGCAAGCCACCACCACAAUGAAUUCGACGACAGGGACCACGAGGGAGUGACCGAUGACAUUGACGAAAGAGGAUCCCAGUCCGUGCUGACCACGCAUCGCUCUUCUUCGCGCGGAAGAGAUCGGAUCAAUGCAACUACAGCAAAUGAUGAUGAUGAUAUUCCCGAACGGUUGCGGCGAGCGUUGCAGGCAGACACAUUCGAUGAGAUAGCCGAAAUUAUCAACAGUAUCCCUACUGAAGGAUCUUCACGGUUAGGAGAGCAACUUCAAAGGCUGUCUGAAGGUCAUUCUGACGACAGUGCUAUCGACUCUCGCCCAAGAAGAAUUGGCAAUGGGGAGGCCAGUCAAAGUUUAUCACGCCAAGGCUCUGAUGUCAACACCGAGUCUUUUCCUGAACGAUCUAGUAGUCUGCCGAAGCACAUCGGAAGAGACACCGGUCCAGAUAGCUUAGGUCCACCUACUCCGCGAAGGCCCGAUAUGCCUGCUAGGAACAGAUCAUUUAUUGCUGCAGAGAUCCGACGUAGUAUGGAGGAGGCGAAUACGUGGUCGUUUGCAAAUGUACCCCAACCAUCCGACGAGGGGCGUCAUCAGGGGCUUCAAGACCAGGACGUUCCUGAUUCCUGGGAGGACGAGGAUGGAUAUGAGAGAUUACCAAACCAUGGGCCUAGUGGAACUCCUCCCAACCAGAAACAGCCAAGUGAGCAUAGUAGUGACAGCUGGCAGCAAGUGCCCGUGGUUGUUGUCGAACCUGAAUCGCCCGCGGAUGGAGAGGCUGGACCUUCGCAUUCCAACGUGAGAUCGUCACUGUCUGAUGGAAGCGCAAAUUCGUUACUACCUGCCGGAUCUGAUGCUGCAAUAGACUCACACGCAACUAGUGAGGUGCAGCAGAUCAACAUGCCCGAAGAUGACAACGCCAAUGAGUUACAUCAGAGCCUCAAUGAAGCAGCUGUUGUCGAAGACGAUGUCCAAGCGUCCGAGCCCGCUCCAGAUGAGCAUUUAGAGGGACAUGAUCACAACGCUGCUGCCGAUGUGAUCCCUGAUCCAGCACCUCGGGUCGAACAACCCCCUCGUCGCCUCGUUGACAAUGUCCUCGACUGGCUCUUCGAUGGCAUCGCACCCAACGUACAAGCUGCUGAAGAAGGUGGCAAUGAUGAGCAUAUCGUCCAAGAUCUCGCGAACGAGGCACCGUUUGUUCCCUUCGCCGGCAAUAUUGAUAACGAGCAACUUGAAGCUGCAAAUCUCCCUAUUCAAGACCCCGAAGUCGCUGCUGCCGCGGCCCAGGCUGGUAUCGAUGUUAAUGACCAAGAUGCCAUCGAUGAUGCCGAAGACCUUGAAGGUAUCAUGGAACUUAUAGGCAUGCAAGGACCUCUUACGGGGCUUUUCCAGAACGCCAUGUUCAGUGCCGUACUGAUAUCUGCCACUCUAGCCUGCGCAGUCUGGUUCCCGUACCUCUGCGGCAAAGUUGUCCUGCUAUGCAUGGGAAGCCCAAUUUCACUCUUCAUCAAAUUCCCUCUUCAAUUCGUCGCCACUCUCUGCGAUUUCGUAGUCGACAUGGCCAUCUGCCUCGGAGCUGGUGCGGUCUUCUGGACAGCUCAGGUGCUGGGCUUUGUAGGGAGAAUUUUCACACUAGGCACUCUGCCCACCUUUCUGGAGAAUGGCAUAGGGUUCGUCACCGGUCCUGCUCGCACUGUGGCUGAAAAUGCCAUGGAUCGCAUUGCUAGACUAAUGUACGAAUCCUCUCCCUUCCCCCAUCCAGACUACUUCCGCCUGUCAAUCAAUUCCCAUGCAGCACUGCGAACUAUCCAGAACACCACAUCCUUUGCUCUUAAUCAAACUGGGCAUGUUGUGGCUGCGGUAUACGAGAACGUCACCGCCCAGUCCCCCACCCAGACAGCACUAUGGGCGUUGCGCCAAGCUCCUGCCACGAUCCAGUACUAUCUUACUUACAUCUAUAGCAGCAUUUCAGCAGUAGCCUCGUGGCUAUGGACAUCCAAGUCAUACAACAUCACUUUCAACCUAGAUUCCGGUCGUAAUAUGACUUCGGUCGUCGCCGACCUAGAGCCUUGGACGGCAGGCGACCGAUCGAUAGCGAUCAUCGCGGGCUACGCCUUCUUUGCCAUGAUAGGCGCUCUUUACCUCAAACACGGCUCGCCUAUCAGUACAUCGCCACAGGGACGGAAGAUUGAACAGAUUAUAUCGGACAUCCUUCAACAAGCUGGGGGCGUCCUGAAAGUCAUUCUUAUAAUCAGCAUAGAGAUGCUGGUAUUCCCACUAUACUGUGGCUUGCUCCUCGACUUCGCACUUCUUCCGCUAUUUUCCAAUGCAACCUUGUACUCACGAUGGCAGUUCGCUCGAGAAGCUCCGUGGACGUCUGGAUUCGUGCAUUGGUUCAUUGGCACGUGCUAUAUGUUCCAUUUCGCCUUGUUCGUAUCCAUGUGUCGUAAGAUCAUGCGAAAGGGCGUUCUUUACUUCAUCCGUGACCCAGACGAUCCUACGUUCCAUCCUGUCCGAGAUGUGCUCGAGCGCAGCGUCACUACUCAGCUUCGCAAAAUUGCAUUCAGUGCGCUCGUAUACGGUGGAUUGGUUGUGGUCUGUCUAGGCGGUGUCGUCUGGGUCCUCAAUCGCACAACCACCGGCGUCCUUCCUAUUCAAUUCGUGUCUCAAGCACCGUCGAUCGAAUUUCCGCUGGAUCUGCUCUUCUACAAUUUCUUGACACCAUUGAUCAUUAAGGUGUACAAGCCCAGCGAUGGGUUGCAGACAAUCUAUCAAUGGUGGUUCAAAUCGUGUGCCCGAGUCCUCCGCUUGUCAAACUUUCUCUUCGGCGAGAAAAUACGGCUCGAAGAGGGACGUUUGGUAAAACGCCCUUGGCACUAUUCCUUCACAAGCUGGUUUACACGAAAGCCUAGCAAAGGUCAACGACUUGUGCCAGAAGAAACCGGUCCAGAUUCCUCCGAAACCGAGUCCGAGACGCCAGAAGAUUUCUCUUUUGAAGGCAGAUAUGUGCGUGCACCGGCCUCAGAUCAAGUUCGUAUACCCAAGGGCCAAAGGGUGUUCGUGGAUGUCAACCCCGACAAUGAGCGUUUCGACGGAAAGCAAGAUGAAGACGGCGUUCAUAAUUCAGAUUUGGUCACGAUGGUCUACAUCCCACCAUGGUUCCGCGUCCGCAUUGCCCUCUUCGUCUUCACGAUCUGGAUGUUCGCCGCCUUCACUGGGGUUGGAAUUACUGUGAUACCACUUCUCUUUGGACGCUACCUCUUCUCACUCAUCCUCCCAUCAACGAUGGAAAUGAACGACAUUCAUGCCCUAUCCCUCGGUAUAUAUACUCUGGGUACUAUUGCAUAUAGCGCUUACCAAGCGUACAAAUACGUCUCAUCAUUCACCCAGCCCAUCCCAUCGCCCUUAUCGACUCUAAUUACCGUCGCCACAACUGCCUCGAAAUUUGGGCUUCGGGUCCUCCGCUUCGGAUAUGUGUGGCUAUCAUUUUUGCUCGGCUUCCCGCUCAUGUUCUCCAUCCUCCUCGAACUCUAUUUCCUCAUGCCGCUACAUGCCUACCUGGGCCCCAACGAACCCCACGUCGUCCACAUCGUGCAGGAUUGGACGCUCGGGUUCCUCUACGCUCGUCUAGCCGCCCGCAUCCUCUUCGCAAAUCGCACGUCACGGGCCGCACGAGCCUUCCGCGCCAUCGUCUCCGACGGCUACCUCAACCCGAACGCCCGCCUCGCAACGCGCUGCUUCGUCCUUCCCAUCGUGGCCAUCUUCACAGUUGCCGUGGCAGUCCCUUCGGUCGUCGCCACCUUCCUCCUAAAAACCGUCUGGGCAGGCGCAGACAAAGACACUCGCGCACAGGUCUUCCGCUUCAGUUUCCCUCUGCUCGGACUCCUGUUGGCGAGCGUGUGGAUGGGGAGGGAAGGUGCAAUGAUGCUCAUGCGAUGGCAGAUGUUAGUCAGAGAUGAGGUGUACCUCAUCGGAGAGAGACUUCAUAAUUUCGGCGACAGGAAAGCCGCCCCUCCUGCUCCUGCGGCAAAUGCUCAGCAGGCGGCGGAUACGUCAUAGUUCUAGGGGUCGCCAUUGUUUCACGUUCUAAGUACAAGAGGGGAUGGUGUUAUCUCAUGUUAUACCUAAUAGGGUGCUGUACACAAUAGACAAUUCUUAACUCAACCAUGAAUAAGGGAAUCU